UUUUUAAUAAUUUUAAUAAAAUAACGUUAUUUUAAAGAAAUAAAAAACGUUAUAAUUUGGUGUUUAGUGGAUAAAAAACAAAAAAAAAAGUGUCAUUGCUAACAAACAACAAAAAUUCCUUUAAACAACCACAAAUCACUCAUACGUCUAGAGGUCCCUUAUGUAGAAAAAAAAACUAAAGAAAAGAAAACGUAAUAAAAAGGUAAUUUCUAAAGUGCAACAACCCUAUUUAUAUAAGAAAAAUUUUUUAAAUUAAUAAAAUGAGUGAUCAUUAAUUAAACAACAACUACGUAUAAAAUUAUUUCUUUCCCACAAACCAACAAAAAAAAGAAAUUCCAAAACGACAAAUUAUAAAACAAACAUCUCACAAGUAGAAUCUAGAAAAUACAGAAACAGAAAAGACAAAACGUUGCCAAAGAAAAAAAUUACAUCAACUAAAAACAACAACAAAAGUAAACUAAAUUUUGAAAAAUUUAAGCAGAACAAAAAGAAUUUUUUAACAAUAAAUAAAUACUACAACAAAACAUCUACGAAACUAUUACAACAUAAUACGCUUAUAAAUUCUAUAAAGUCAAAUAGUCAGUCGAAUAGACAGUUAAACAAACAAACAAACAGUCAUUGCAGUCAUAUUAAAAUAAUUUAAAUAUUUUGUAGAUAAAAAAUCCUUAAGAUAAAACAAAUCAAGAAACCUUUGCAGAUUAUAAAUACUUUAAUGUAAUUAGCAGAGAAAAACAAACAACAAAAAAAUCAAUUGCGACAACUAAAAUACUUCAUUAUAAGUUAUCACAGUGAUAUUUGUAACUAUUUAACAACAAUAAUAACAACGACAAAACCACAAAAACAACAACAAAAAUGCAUAUUGAAAUACAAGUUGCAUUAAAUUUCGUCAUUUCAUAUUUGUACAAUAAACUGCCCAGGAGGCGUGUGAAUAUAUUCGGUGAAGAGUUGGAAAAAGCAUUACGAGAUAAAUUCCAAGGACAUUGGUAUCCUGAAAAGCCCUUUAAGGGUUCUGCAUUUCGUUGCCUCAAAACAGGCGAUCCUAUUGAUUCCGUUUUGGAGCGUGCCGCCCGUGAAAGUGGCGUGCCCAUAACAGAUAUUCUAGAAAAUCUUCCAAAUGAGCUAUCCGUAUGGGUGGACCCCGGAGAGGUGUCCUAUCGCAUUGGAGAAAAGGGCUCCGUUAAGAUUCUCUAUUCCGAGAAUAGCGACAAUCAAGAGGAUAACUCCUCUGCCGAUGGAGAGGUUAAUAAAACAUUUAAUCCUGAAGCUCAAUGCUUUCGUCCCAUCGAGGCCGUUAACACGAGCAUGAAUAAUUUGAGCUUAAGUCCCAAGACUUCGCCUUUGGCUGGUUCAUCACCCUUAUCGGCUUCUUCGAAUUCUCCCACUUAUAAGGGUAGCCCCAAUCCGGUGGCUGCUGCUGUUCUAAAUGGCGGUUCCUUUUUGCAACGUUCACAGGCACCAUUAACUUUUACCACGGCCACAUUUGCUCAAACGAAAUUUGGUUCGACCAAAUUGAAGACAAACUCGAAGAGAACUAACAACACUUCAUAUCGCAUGUCCCCCACUGAAUUCUCCAACUAUAUAAAACAACGUGCCAUGCAGCAGCAACAAAUCCAUCACGGUCAUGGUCACUCACCCAAUGGCGGCAGUGGACAACCCGGCAACCAUUUCGGACCCAUUGGUCCCGUCUCCCCAGCACGUUCUCUAUCGCCCAAUCCCCUGUCAUUGGGUUUGACUCAGAAUGGUACUGCAGCCAAUGGUGAUCCCUUCUAUUUUCCCAAUAUGGCCAUGGGCAUGUAUCCACAGUUUAAUAAUCAUCAUCGUAAUUUGUUCGAUACACAUUUUCAUGCUGACAACAAUGGUUUGUAUGGUCAUGGUAAUAAUGGUGUGACUGGUCAUGGUAAAUUUAAUAAUUAUUUGGAACCACAUGGUUUCUACGGUAUGGGUGGUGGUAAUCAUAUGCCACCACAUCAACAGCAACCACAAUCACCCAUUGGCCUAAAUGGUCAACAGCAGCAGCAACAACAACAUCCAGUAGGUGUUGUGGGUAAUGCUGCGGGUAAUAUGAAAAAUUCAAAUGAAAAUAUAAGUAAUAAUAGUGUUAAUGCUAAGGAGAAUGCGGGCAACAAUAAUAAUGCUGCCAAUAUAACGGUAACCGUAACCAAUGGCUCGGUUAAUGGCUCCGAAAGUAAUGGAGCCGUUAGUCCUGUUCCAUCAACAGGUUCGGCUACUGCCGCCAAUCAAGCUACAAAUACUGAAAGACAAAGUGCUGCUAAUGCUGUGGCUGCUGUAGCAGCAGCUACUGUUGCUGCUGCCGCUUCCUCCACAGCUAAUAGCAAUAAUUCUCAAGAUUCUGGAAAUAAUGCUGCUGCUACAGCUGCCUCCAACUCGAAAUUGAUUGAUGGUCUCAAUUCAUUCUAUUCCAAUACCACUGGCUCCUAUCAACAAUUAUUAGUUGCCAAUUAAAAAUCACUUUUACACUCACAAAAAGAAAGAGUCCUUUAAACCAAAAAUAUGAAAAAAGAAAACAUAAAAUAAUAUUUUAUUAAAAUGACACUAAAGUAAUCACCAUCUACAAAGAAAAAAAAAGUAAUUAAUUAAUAAAAAAAGUGAAUAUCUCUCAAAUAGAGUCUAUAAUAGAAAAACCAAAAAACAAAAAGCAAAAAUAUUAAUAAUUAAUUACAAUUAAUGAAAAAAUAACGUACAUUUAAUAAUAAAUAUACAUACAAUAUAUAUUUUUUUAAACGCUUAAAAAUUUAAAACA